UAGGAGUUGGGUACCGUCGCGAAUUACGUGGGGAACCCGCGACAUACGAAUGGUUCACCUGAUCAGUCGGUUGCUUUACCGGUGCGAGUAUAAGACCGAAUUUCGAUCGACUUGUUCAACUUCUUUCCGUUUAUUGAUGAACAUUUGUGUGAUUACUUGUUGACCCAAAUUUUUGCACUGAGGGUUUCUUCAGUGGCUUAAGAUAAUGGAUCAAGCUACACAAGUAAAUUUUACCACACCGAGCAUCAAAAAUCAACACAGGAAGAUGAAGAGGCAUAACACGUCUGGGGAUUUGUUUUACACACAACAACCCGCUAGAACUAAUUUAGUUACUUCAUGGGGGCAAUUGAGACCUUUAAACAACAGACCAAGGUCUCUAAAUAUAGUAGAAGCCUUUAACAAGCCAAGGCUUCUAUCAGACGGCCCACUGUCCUUAUUGAGUAACCCGAGCUUGGAUUCGCCUCUAGGCUCAAUAUCCAGGGAAAGAACUCCACCAUUUUCAUGUGAUUCUAGUACUAUUUCUAUGGGAUACAGAUCGUCCGUGCCCUAUUACAUUCCCCCUCCUCCACCCCCGCGGUUGCAGUCUCCCAACGAAGAAGACAGCUCCAGCAGCUCCAAGUGUUGCUGUAGAUGUUACGACAUUGACACCAAUAUUAAAACCGGCACUAAAACCUUAUCCAAUACCCCUGAAGGUUUAUCAUGGAGAAGGUUGCACAAGUCAAGAGCGAAACUGAAAGCUACUGCGACCACUUCAGAGUUACUUAGUGGGUUUGCCAUGAUUGCUAUGGUAGAACUGCAAAUUAAUACCCCAACAAACGUUCCUGAAUGGUUAUUUGUGAUGUUCGCGGUAUGUACGACUGUUCUGGUAGCCGUUCACAUAUUCGCUCUAAUGAUAUCGACGUAUAUCUUGCCGAACAUCGAAUCUAUAGCGAAAUUGGAGAUCUGUGAAUUAAUCACUGAGAGUCCCCACGAAAGGAUGAGGGGAUUUAUCGAGCUUGCGUGGGCGUUUUCCACGAUAUUGGGUCUGUUCCUGUUUAUGGUGGAGGUAGCCAUCCUAUGCUGGGUAAAAUUCUGGGAUUACAGCUUUACAGCAGCAGUGGCAGCCACCAUUAUAGUAAUACCAGUACUUAUUACAUUCGUCCUAUUCGCCGCUCAUUUUUAUCACAGUUUGGUGGUUGACAAGUGCAACUCUUCCAUAAGCGACAUGAAAAAAUUAGAAGAUAUGAAGAAGAAUCUGGACGAGAUUAGCCAGUCUAACGUUUGACCCUUCUAGGGUAUUGUGAUAUAUGUAGAUACAGUAUUUUAAAUAUCGUUUUCUCUCUAAUCGUUACGAGGAGUUAUUGAAUCUAUGGUUUAUUUUGUAUGAAUUUAGGUAGUUAUUAGGUAUGUUUUACUCUUUUGUGAUAAUAGAUAUCAUAAGAUUAAAUUACAAAUGAAGUGACAUUUAUUAGAUUAAUUUACAAAUGACGUAUUUUUUUCCUAUAUAAGUAAAUAAAUUAAUUCUCCUUA